ACUUCCUGCUGCCUGCUCAUCUCGAGGGUCUGCAACGCAGCUCUCGGCUCCCACCAGCUAAUCAUUUUUCAUCUCAACGAGAAGAACACGGCGACCACUAUCGACAGCACCCCGCUCAUCGAGGCAGAGGAAGGAAGCAUGUCGGAUCUGCCGAACUGGGCUAAGGGAGAAGGCGGAGAGCCGAAGGCCGACUUGGCCGACAAGUUGGUUGAUGAGGCUGCCGGAGUCAAGCCGGAGGAGAGCGCCGACGCUGCCGCCGCCGCGGCCACCGAACCGGCGGCCGCGGGGAGCGACCACGCCCGCGAAGACAGCGGACUCGCCUCGCGUGCGCUGUGCUUCUUCAGGUUCCUAGCCGUGUUGACGGUGCUGUUGGCCCUGGUCGUUAUCGGCACCAACUGCUACAUCAUCUACGACAAGUACACCGAAAUAAAGGCCCGCGGAAUCCUCCUCCGCGUGUACGGCAUCCUGUUCUCGAUCUUCGUCAUCUUCGCGGAGCUGGAGUGGAGCAAGUUCACCAAGUUCUUCGGCUUCCUCAAGUACUGGCCGGCUAGGGGGCUGUUUUACAUCUUCGUUGGGCUCAUCACGUGGGAUCAGACGGAUGCCACGAGUUCCAGCUCUUACGGGACAUACGAGGACAUCGUGUCCUUCCUCAUGAUGUCCGUAGGCGGGAUCUACUUCCUGCUGGGCCUUGCGUGCAUGCGGACGGUGAAGGAAGCGGAGCGUGCCCGACUGGCUGACGAGAGCGCAUAGAGUUUUUUCUUGGAUGGAAUUAUCCGCGUUCAAGAGCGACAGCGUGAGCGAGAGCGGAGAGCGCCGAAGUAUUGAUAGGGCAGGAGAAACGGACAAUGAUUGGAAGGGGGGGGGAAAUCGGGGAGAUAGGUAAAAACCCUCCCUCUUUUUGUCGUCAUUUCCUUCCCGGGAUUGAUUGCUGGUAUCAUACAGUUUUUGCUCUUUUUUCAAGGAGAAAAAACUAACACACACACACGCAGGGGAGGAGUGAGCGCCUGUACUGGUUAGCUUAGCGGCAACGCUCCCCCCCCCGUGUUUGCUCUUCUGUCUGACCCUCGCCUCCAGACGAGCCAUGGAAGCCCUUGCGUCGAAAACGCUGCUUUGUGCCGAGGGAAGAAGAUGUUACGUCGGGUGACGGUGAUUGUCUUCCGCUCCCGCCACUUUUUUUUGUUGUUGUUGUUCAUGACACCCUCGUCUUUCUGGG